AUGUCUGAUAUCGAAUCGUUGAGUGGUGCUUUGUUCGAGGAACCAGAGGAUUUCCGUCCUCCACGUCCAAAGGAACAUUUUGUAACAUACACUAGAGAUCACAUAUCUCCGGAAUCCAAAUCCCAAAAGAAAGAAAUCGAAUUGAAAUUAGUUGGGAAUUCACCAUUAUGGGGUCAUUUAUUAUGGAAUGCUGGUAAAUAUACAGCCCAAUAUAUAGAUAACCAUCCUGAACAAAUCAUUGGUAAGUGUGUAUUAGAAUUAGGUGCCGCCAGUGCAUUACCAUCAAUUGUAUCAGGCUUAGUUGGUGCGAAGAAUGUCGUCUCUACAGAUUAUCCAGAUGCCGAUCUAAUUUCCAAUAUUGAACACAAUUGUAAUAACUUAGAUAAUGUUCAUGUCCAAGGUUACAUUUGGGGGAACAGUUAUGAUGAAAUCUUAAAAUUAAAUAACAAUGAAAAAUUCGAUUUCAUUAUAUUAAGUGAUUUAGUGUUUAAUCAUACGGAACAUCACAAAUUAUUGAAGACUACAAAGGAUCUUUUAAAAGAAGACGGUAGAGCUUUAGUUGUAUUUUCUCCACAUAGACCAAAAUUGUUGCCUAAUGAUUUACAAUUCUUCGAUACUGCAAGGGAUGAUUACAAUUUCAAAGUAACGAAGAUAGAAAUGGUUAAUUGGAAACCAAUGUUUGAAGAGGACGACGAAACCAUUGAGAUUAGAUCUCGUGUAUACGCAUAUUAUUUACAAUUAUAA